CCGGAGUUCGCAUAUGAAUGGCCGCUGCCAUGCCGGUGGCAGUCGGAGCUCGUUCUCUCCGUGGGUUGCUUAGUUCUCGGUCUCUUGGGGUAUUCUUCACGAGCGUCCGGGGAAACAAAAAGCCUGCCUUCGAUUUCAUACCCACCAAUUUUACUACUUUGAAGGAGCGGUUAGAGGUUGAAGCAUCAAAGAAAUAUGAUCCCCAAGUUGACUAUUUGGUUGACAUCAGUCUACCUCCAGAAGAAAAGAAGCCCUCCAGGAAGGCAGCAUUGACAGUGAAGGGGCAUGACUCACAAGAACUUGUGAGGAAGCUGAAGAACACAAAAGUUGAUAUCCCCUUGGAGGAAGUUGAGAGAGACUGGAAAUCAUCUGGGUGGUCACAGCAAGUCAGAGAGGUUGCAACUCACUAUGAUGUAUUCCAGCAUUUGUUUGGAGAUGCAUACUUCUACCCAAGGGUCCCACUUCACAUCCGCUAUGAUUAUGAUGAAGAAUUCUAUACCCCGGUGCACUUUGGAAAUGCUAUCAAGCCAAAAGAAGCAUGUUCAGUGCCACAUGUCAGGUAUGAAGUUGAGCCUGGUUCUCUAUGGACACUGGUGCUAACAACCCCUGAUGGCCACUUCAGAGACCCUCAGGCAGAAUACCUCCACUGGUUUGUAGGAAAUAUACCUGGAGACCAGAUUGAGAAAGGGGAGAUUAUUUGUCCAUACCUUCAACCAUUUCCAGCCAGAGGUCUUGGUUUUCUCAGGUAUGUCUUCAUUCUGUACAAGCAAGAAUCAAGGUUGGACUAUGCUGCCAUCAAGAGACCUGAUCCAUGUUCUCAACUGGAGGAGAGGACAUUCAAAACCUUGGACUUCUAUCAGGAGAGACAAGAUCUCAUCACUCCAGCUGGGUUGGCUUUCUUCCAAGCUGAUUGGGAUCCAUCCCUCACUGAUUUCUUCCACCAACAACUUGGGAUGAAGGAACCAGUUUUCGAGUAUGACUUUCCUCCCCCAAGAAUGAGGCAUCAGGAAUGGUUCCCACACCAACAGCCCUUCAACUCAUACUUGGAUCGUUAUCGUGAUCGAAGAGACAUCAACAAAGACAUUUUCCUCACGAGAAUGAAGAGAGUGCAUCCAUUUAAGGAAGAAGAACCAGGCCUUCGCUAUCCACUUGCUCAGAAGGUGGAUUCCAAAUUACCCAGCUGGCUUAAAAUGGAGCAGCGAAAAAUGAAGCUCAAGGUUGCCAAGUUGCCACUUUUGAAAACCAUGGCUGUUUUAUUCAGUCUUAGGCCAGAUAAAUCUCUCCUUGACCCCAAGUUUGACAGUUACAAACUGUCUUUGGAGAGCUUGCCCACCUAUGAGGCAGAAGUGAAGAAU